GAAGCAGCGCAAUGGCCACGUCUAAACCAGAAAGUCUGUUCCAAGAAGAAUUGACUUGUCCGAUCUGUUUGCAGCUCUUUUCAGAGCCGGUCGUGCUGCCCUGUGGUCACAACUUCUGUGCUUCUUGUAUCGGGGAGGUGAUUGAAAGAGAAGCCGAGGAAGGACAGCACACCUGCCCUGAGUGCCGGAGCGAACACAAAGGGAAAGCUGCGCUGCAGAGAAACUUCAAGCUUUGCAACAUUGUGGAGGGGUUCAAAUCAAGUGAGUGCACCGCAGCUUAUCAGGUGCUGUGUGAUAUGUGCUUAGAGAACGCACUGCCUGCAGUGAAAACAUGCCUUAAAUGUGAAAUCUCACUGUGUGCUCUGCAUCUAAAACGACACGGGGAAAAGAAGACUUUUCAAAGCCAUUCUCUAGUGGACGCCACGGCAGACCUCAGUGCAAGGAAAUGCUCACUGCACGACAAACCCCUGGAGUAUUACUGUGUUGAUGACAAGUCUUGCAUCUGUGUCUCCUGCUGCAUUGAAGGUAAUCACAAGAGUCAUGAUGUAAAAAGUUUCAAAACUGCGCAUGCUGAACUGAAACUAAUACUAGAAUCGCAGCUGAAAGAAAUAACAGAGAAACUGAAUCUGUCUGAGAGCCUCCUGCAGAAGGCAAACGAGAAUGAAACUGCAGUUAAAGCUGCAAACGCUGAAAUGAAACAGAAAGCCGUGGAGCUGUUAGACAGCCUUGCUGAACUUGUUGCCAAUUACAAAGCACACGUGAUUGAAACGAUUGAAGCAGAACAGCGCCCCGUUGUGGAGAGUCUGCAGCAGAGCAUUCGCAGAGUCACAGAGCAGCAGAGUCUUCUGAAGCACACACAGCUCCAAGCUGACUCUGUCUGGACUGAAAUGGAUGAGUUUCUGUUCAUUCAGAAGCUCCUGACAAUCUAG